AGGGGACUUCCUCUGCUCCAAAAUGGAAGAGUUCACUGUAAGAUUUGACCAAACCUAGUUCUUACAAAUAAAAGCGAUUUCCCAGUUAGUAGAAGGGUCCAAGAUUACUGGAGACAGAAGCCGGAGAGCCAAGAAUAUCAUGAGAGAAAUUCCCCUAUGAAGGGUAUGGAUUAUUCAACAGUAAUGUUAGGGAAACCCAGUAUCUAAACAAAAGUAUCAAGUUAGAAACAAAAGUAUCAUAUUACAGUGUGCAUUAAGCCAUGUAUCACAUGAAAAUAAGCAUUUAAUAUAAACACACUUGAAAAGCAGAAGAAAAUAGGAUAGAAUAUUGAAAUGAUUCCAGGAUAGGUAAGAGCAUUCCAAACACAUUAAAAAUUAAAGGAUUGACAUCUUAAUUACGGACAACCUUAAAACUUAUGAAAAUAACUUAUGAAAAAAAAAGGCUAUGAAAAGUUAAAAAAGGCAAAUAUCGGACUGAGGGAAAUCUUUGUAACAAGUAUCAUCAAGUACUCAGAGCAUCCAUGAAGCACUAAAGAAAAAGGACAAAUGUUUCAUGAGGACAAUGGCAAAGGAACUCAUUUAGACAAAUCACAAAAUUAUUAAUGAUCGAAGACAUCAAAAGAAGUUACAUCUCAGAUGGGCAUGGUAGUGCAAGGCUGUAAUCCUAGCACUCUGGAGGCUGAGACAAGAAGAUCCUUGGGACUUCAAGGCCAGCUUGAACUACAUGUUGAGAUCCUGUCUCAAAAAAACCAAACCAAACAAAAGAAGAGGUCCCACCUCAAUAUUCAUCAAAAAUUGGGCAAUGUUCUUCUGGACUACACUUUGCUUUCGUUCAGUUACUGUGGCACCUACCUGGCCAGUUACUCCUCGCUGCCCGAGUUCGAACUGGCCCUCUGGAACUGGGAAUUGAACGUCAUCUUAUGCAAACAGUCCCAGCCCGGCAUGGACAUCAGCCAAAUGUCCUUUAACCCCAUGAACUGGCACCAGCUGUGCUUGUCAAGCCCGAGUACAGUGACCGUGUGGACCAUUGAAAAGAGCGACCAGGAGCAUCAUUUCAAAGCAAAGUCAAUAAAGCUACCUCUGGAAGAUGGGUCACUUUUAAAAGAAACAGACCUGCUUUUCCCCCAGUCACUGCCCAAGGACCCCGUCUACGGGCCCGUGCUGCCACUGCCAGCCAUUGCUGGGCUGGUAGACGAAGAGGCAGAGACUUUCAGGCCAAAAGAUGACCUGUACACACUGCUUCAUCCCACUAUGCACUGUUGGACUCCAACUAGUGACCUGUAUGUUGGCUCUGAAGAGGGCCAUCUUUUGCUGAUUAAUGGAGAAACUUGGAAGGUGACUGUGAUUCAGAAGGUAGAAAAGACACAACUGGUUGUACCACAUCUUUUCAGUCCAGUGACCCUGGUAUAUCAGAAGGAUGGCAUCGUUGCUUCUGGAAUUGAUGGCUUUGUGUACUCUCUCACUGUCAAAGAUUCAAGUUUUUACAAACUAGAGGAAUUUCUUGAGAUUGAAAGUCCUGUGACACAUAUGAUAUUCUCCCCCAGUUAUAAAAUGCUGCUGAUUCAAACAGACAAGGGAUCUGUUUAUAUUUAUACUUUUGAUGAAGAGCCAACCUUAGAUAAGAUCCUAGAUGCUUGUGAUGGAAAAUUUCAGGCAAUUGACUUUAUCACCCCUGGAACCAAACAUUUUAUGACCCUCACACGUUCGGGGGAAGUCUGUGUUUGGGGGCUGGAGGAUUGCACUUGUGUAAGCAAGAUUUACCUGAACAUCAAGGCGCAGGCAACAACGCUGGCUUGCUCCCCCUCCUCCCUCUCCGCCGUCGUGGGGACUCUGGAUGGCCGCGUGUACUUCCUGGACGUGUGCGAGCCAGACUCCCCCAGGGUGGCCCACAAGGCCUUCCUCUCGCAGGCGCCUGUGCAGCACCUCAUUUAUGACCAACAAGGCACAUAUCUGCUAGUUGGAACUUCAGAAGGAAACGUCUUUGUUAUCGAUGCCAAGCCCACAAGCUCAUUUCAGAUUCUUGGAUUCACAGAGGUGAGCAAGGACCUUCUACAAAUAUCCACGGUGUCUCUUUUGGGAACAAACGUAGUGAAAGUGGCAGUGCUUUCCUCAAUUCCGGAAGCAGAAAGAAGCAGGCUGGCAGUAUUUACCCUGCCUAAAACCCUGCCACGAGAUUUUGUCGACGAGAGAGGGCGGCUGAGAGACACACUCAUUCAUAAGUAUUUGUAUGAGACAGAGCACACUCUUUCUUCUGCGACCUUGAACUUUCAAAGUAAUGGGAUAUACGGGUUCUGCAACCAAGUGCCAUACAUCUGUAGCUACCACCUCCCUGAAAAAGGUCACAACGAUGUUGUCAUUCUUAAACCAUACCAAAAGGUACAAAGCAAACAGUACGGGCCUGGAACGCUCCAUCUGUCUUCACAUGGACUGUGGCUCAUAACAGUAGCUAAAUGUGGAAUCCUGUGUAUCCGAGACAUUUACACUUUGGAAACCUUUGCUCGGUGCCGGAGUCACUCCCACCAGGGGCGUGGGAUUCAGUCGGUGAGAAUUUCAGCAGAUGGACAAAGCAUUCUGGUAAACGGGAAAGACGACAGCACCCUGGUCUUCCUCAGGUGGAAGAAGCUUGGAGGAAAUUUAGCCAGUGAAAUUACUGAAUAUUGCCAGCAACUCCUAACAUCUCUGAACAGCAGCAUGGAGGAGGAGAACGACUGCCUAAGUGCAAUGAGAAUUUCAGAGUCAGAGCCCGAAGCUGAGAACACAAUGUUUCAGAGAAAGCUAAGCACUGACUCAUCACAAGAGGAACUGGUUGUCAUUGAGAUCAAGGAGGAAAUUCCCUGGAUACAACAGAAAAAUCAAGAGGCCAUUGAGAAAGAAGUUAGGCAGUUUUCUCAGAAGAGGAAAGCGGUAAGAAGCGGCAUCAAGGCCCUGGCCAAAACCGUCAUGACUAUGAUGGAAGAGAAUGGAAAAAUGGAUGACAUCGCAAAGUUAGACCAGCAGGAAUUUUGCCUGGAUCUUGAGGAGCUAGAACGGCUUCAAGAUCAAAGUGGAGAAGAGGUGGCGAAAAUAAAAAAGGACGUGGAGAUGUAUAACCUAUCCAAGAAGUACUUGGCUAGCCUCAUCAGAGAAGAGUGCUGGAAUUCCAUGGCUGUGAAAGGUCGAGCCCUUAAGUGCUUCCACAUCCCCUGUGUGGUGGAGAACUUCCCCAUGAGAACGCGCACGGCCGAGGAGCUGAAGGAGCUGAAGAGAGUGCUGCAGCAGAAGAAGAUUGAAGCCGAGUGCCUUAAACUACGGAAGGAAAUUGUAGAGGACCAGUCUACCAUCACCCUGAUAAAAAACCAGCACGAAGAAGACGAAGAGGAGGAAGAAGAAAAGACAGUGGUAGACACCAACCUGCCCAAUUACUUGCUUGGCAGUCUGAGUACAGACUUUGGGGUAGACACUUCUCUGUUGUCAAGCCAGCUGGAACUUCAUUCCAGGGAGGAGAAGAUCAACCAGAUCAUAUUAUUGAAAGAUAUCAUUUACAAAGUAAAAACCGCUUUCAAUAAUGAGUUUGAUGCUGCAUAUAAACAAAAAGAGUUUGAAGUCUCACGAGUGAAAGAAAGAAACGUUAGAAUUAAAGAAAUUAUUUCAGAUCUGGAGUUGGGAGAAAAUGUCUGGCAACCAGAAUUUGAAGACUGCGAGAAACCGGAAAGGACCCUCAUCGUGGAGAAUUCUGAGAUCACAGCCCCAAAGCAUUUUAAUGCGUGGCAAAGAGCCAAAGCAGAACUGAUUGUGGUGCGUGAAAUACGUCGCUGGCUUAAGUCUCGGGGCACCGACGCGAGACGCAGAGGCCUGAUGGACAUGAUGGGGGGUGUUCUGGAAGUCAAGAAGGAAGACAUCUUGAAAAUGGUGAUACCGCAACCAGCUUUCAUGGCAAAAUCUGACGCCCUGUGGACAGAAGAGGAAAGGAAACAAUUCAAAGAUUAUGAGAAAAAAGUUAAAGAGCUAAAUGAAGAAAAAGACAAGCAUAGAAAGUCCUUGGAAGCAGAAUUGAAGAAACUUCAAAACACUAUUCAAGAAAGCACACAGAACUUUGACGAAUAUCUGAAAAGACUCUUUGAAAGGAGAGUGAAGGCAGAGAUGGUUGUCAACCAGGAAGAAUUGAAAAUAAAUAACCUUGUUUUUUCUUUGCUAUUGGAUGAAGAAUUAAACUCCAGAGAAACAUUUCUGAACAACUAUCUUGUGAAGAAGCAGGAGGAGAAGAGCCAGACUUCAGAAGCAAUCCGUAAAUCUAGAGAAGACCUCGAUAUGUAUAAGGAGAACUAUGACAACUUACUGGCAGAAGACAAAGUUCUGGACCGAAGCUUCAAAAAGGAAUUUCCCGAAAUUCCAAGUCAACAAGUGGAUGUACUCUAUAAACUUUUUAAACGCCGGCCAAGAAUGCAGAAACAGAAAACGCAAUCAGAAAUGGAGAGUAUUGUCCCGUUUCGAGAGCCAGCAGGAGCUGGCAAGUUGAGUAAGGACACCUUUGCCCAGCUAAUGAAAGCCAUGGAUGAGUUGGAUAAUAUUAACAACAUGCCUGAAGGCUUGGACCCCGCGGUCUGGGAUCACUUCUGCGUAACUAGACGAGCAAAAGUGGAAAAUGAAUACAAAGUGAAGCAGAAGGCAACUGGCUUGACUGAGAUGGUGGCUUUUCUCCGGAGGAGAGUGGAGGAUGAUGAAAAAGUGCAACAGGAGAUCGAGAAAGUGUUCCAUGAGCUCAUCGUAUUACAGGAAGACAAAGCCAAAUACCAGCUGAAUUUGACAAUACAAAUUCUUCUCAAACAAGGACAAGUAGAACUGGAGAAUUUCCAGCAAACUCUGCAGUACCCUGAUGCAAUUCUCAUCAAUAAGACCAUCAUUGAAAACCUGAAUUCUGUCAUUCGGACUCAAGGACAAAAGAAAGUUGCUAGUAUGACGGAAAGUAAAGAGGUGAACAAAGGAAUAUAUCAGAUUGAGUGGGAACAUAAGAAAAUGGAGAUGGAAAUGGAAGAUCUCAACCAGAAGGCUUGGGAUAUUCAGAUGCUGUUCUUUUCAAGAGACCGUCAAAAGUACCUCAAUGAACCAAACUAUGAGUCUUUGAUUGCUCUUCAGAUUGGAAUAAUGGAGCAAACCAUUAAUGUUUUAGAUAAGACCCACAAAAAGAAUGUCAAUAACUGCAAAAAACUGCUCAAAAAAUUGGGAAAGUUCAGCAAUCAAAAAGACAUGGCAAAUUACACUCUAAGCUGCAACCUACGAGAAGAGCUGGUAGCUGUCUCGGAGAGACAAGACAUCUGCAAUGCAGUAGGGUCCACGCUGACUUGUGAAAAGAUUGCCAAAGAACGAUACAAAAAUAUGAUGAAACAACAAAAGCUGACAAAUAUUUCAAAAGAACAAGCUGAGCAGAUUUUAGUACUUCAGGCUGAAGUUGAAAGAUUAAGGAUGAAAACAUUCCCUGCUCUUGUAAAUCUGUAAAACACCAGCAAAAAUCACAAGGCCAAACCAGGCAUUUCAAAACUCACUGCCUUUGGGUGAAAUGUUUCUUUUUCUUUCUUUCAUACUGUAAAAUUUAAGUAGAUCUCUUCUUAGUCAUAUUUUUAAUAGUAAAUUAAUUUUAGCCUUGUAAUCAGUAUAUAAAUUUUUGUCCUGCAUAAAUAAAUGUGUAAAAGAGUUA